AGAUGAGCGAGCGAGAAAAAAAAAACACUUUUCUAAAUUAAUUUUAUUGUAUAUUGUGCACAUAAUGGGGAUACAUCCCCUCAUUCCCUACGUUUACGUGCCUUAAAUGAAAUUAUAGGGUCAAUUAUAGGGUACACAGUUAUUAUUUCUGGGUCAAUUAACGCCAGGGUAGGAGUUUGAACCAACGACCCUCUGAAUGCCGACAGUCGAAACGAACAACUAGAUUACGACGCGACGCUCUCCCGUAACACCGCUUUGUCUUGUCCUUUCCAACCUUACCUACAUGUAUAUUGUGAUAUAAUGAACAAUUAUGAGAGAAAUGUAUAGGGGGACAUCACGUGGAGAUGAUUAUGAGUGUUACGCAUGCGCAAAUCUUCAUUGAGGAAUAAAACUGCAUCAGACGAUCAUAAUGUAGCUCAUUUCCCUCCCUGCCAGUCCAGUUCAGCAACGUUGACGGCGACCGAAGUCACAUUACCAUAUGGUUGAUUCCUGGUCCAUCGUCGAAACAUUGGCUAAAAGAAACUUUCUUGAAGAUUAAUUCUUUUCAUCAAAGUUCCCACUUUUAACAACCAUCUCGGAAAUAUUUUGCGGUUCUGCCAAAGAUGGAGGCAAUCUCGUUUCGAAUCUAUCUUUGGGCUUUUCAACUCCUAUUUACUUUUCUGAUAUGGGAAGAAGGACCAAGAGGAGUGGCCCUGGUGGGAGCAGAUACUCCUGCAAACUGCUCAUUCGAGGAAAUUGAAGGAACGUGGAAAUUUCUCAUGGGCCCGACUACCCAAAACAACAGAGUCAACUGUUCGAAGCCGUGGAACCCCGUUAGGACGUGGAUUGUGAGUCUUCGAUUCCCUGACCUUGCUAUUGAUGAAAACGGAAGAAUUGGAUUCUGGACGCUCAUAUACAAUCAGGGCUACGAGGCGGUGAUUCGUAACCGAAAAUUCUUUGGCUUCUCUGAUUUCGAAAAGAUCUCGAAGAAGAAAGUUAUUAGUUACUGCAACGUCUCCAUCGGUUGGUCUCAUAAUGACGAUCAAACAGACUGGGCCUGUUACAGGGGUGAACAGAUAAAACGCUUCCGUGACACCGGGUCUCCAGUCAAGGUUACCAACCUGGACGAGUCUUCAACGCAGUUUGAUGAACACGCCAUUCACAGAAGGAACGACAAGUUCAUCGAAGCCAUCAAUAAACACCAAGAUUCUUGGACCGCCACCUACUACGACCGUUACAAAAACUUGACUCUCGGUGAUCUCAGACGAAGGGCAGGUGGCAAGCUUUGGAAGCGUAUAUGGCCUGAUGUUGCUCCAACAGAUGAACGCACCCGACAAGUGGCAUCCAAUCUCCCAGACAAGUUCGAUUGGCGUGACGUGGGCGGCAUCGACUACGUGUCUCCUGUCCGUGAUCAAGGAAUUUGUGGAAGCUGCUAUGCCUUUGCUUCGACAGCAACACAGGAGUCCAGGCUGAGGGUGAUGACCAACAAUACCGUGAAGGUGGUGAUGUCUCCGCAGGAAGUGGUCAGUUGCUCGGAGUACGCCCAAGGGUGCGAAGGCGGGUUUCCAUAUCUCAUCGCAGGGAAGUACGGUCAGGACUUUGGCCUUGUGGACGAAACUUGCUAUCCGUACCGGGAAAGAGACGCACCUUGCAGGCGGGUAUCCUGCAGAAGAUUCCGUACCAGUGAAUACCACUACAUCGGGGGCUUUUACGGCGCUUGCAAUGAAGAUCUAAUGCGCCUGGAGCUCCUCCGCAGCGGUCCAUUGGCAAUCAGUUUUGAGGUGUACGAUGAUUUCCUUUUCUAUCGUGGAGGCAUCUACCAUCACGUCCCGAUGUAUGACCGAUUCAAUCCUUGGGAGACUACGAACCAUGUUGUAACCAUCGUAGGAUAUGGUCACAAGGGAAACAAUCCGAAGAAAGGGGAAAAGUACUGGAUUGUCCAAAAUACAUGGGGGUCGGAGUGGGGAGAGAGGGGCUACUUUAGAAUCAGGAGGGGUGAUAACGAGUGUAAUAUCGAAACCCUGGCAGUUGCCACUACACCCCUCACAAAUUAGACCAAAAUAGGCGUUGCACGUUCCCGAAGAUAAAGGGCAAGUUUGGAUGACUAUGUAAAUCUAUAUCUGGGGGUGUUUUGAAGAAAAAAUAUUCGUGA